CUACGCCGUGCUUCCUGGAUGAACGCAGAGCUAAGCUGCGACUCGUCCAACAUGGCUGGCCAGGAAGAUCCAGUGCAAAGAGAGAUUCACCAAGACUGGGCGAAUCGAGAGUAUAUAGAAGUAAUUACAAGCAGUAUCAAAAAAAUCGCCGACUUUCUUAACUCAUUCGAUAUGUCUUGUCGAUCCCGUCUGGCCACUCUCAACGAGAAGCUGACAGCGUUGGAGAGGAGGAUUGAAUAUAUUGAGGCGAGAGUGACAAAAGGAGAGACCUUAACCUAGAACUCAUCACGGACAUUCAUAGCAUCCCAGAGCUACCUGCCCACCUUCCCACCCCUGAAUCCUUGGGAAUAAGUGUGACGGAUUCCACCCUCCUUUUUUGGGGCCAUGUGGACCAUUUUUAUAUUAAAUGGCUGAGUUUUGUGUUGUUUUAUCUCAUGACACAUUUGUAUAGAAGAUAUGGGUCUGCCUUGGACGUCAGUGAUUCAAGCAUCUUCAAUAUUACAAAUUAAAAAUAAGCUCCAUAAGUAUUGGUUUUAAAAAAAAUGUUGUGGAGUUCAAUUAUGGAUCUGGUAACAGCACAAUUUGUUGACUAUCUGUGUUAUAUGCAGUAUCAUUACCACAUCAAAUUUAUGAAAGGGGAACAUUCUUGUGUGCCAUGUUGAACAAGUAAUUGUGUAGUCAUCUUUGUUAAGGACCUGCUUGUACAGUGAACUGUUUGGUGACGUUUCAGGAUUUAAAUACUGUAAUAAAUGAUAAACAAUGA